AUGCUCUUGUCGCAGGAGUUUGUCCUUGAGCGGAUCCACAACUCUCAACCGCAUCAUUCCGGACUCCUGGCAAAGCUACAGAGCAAUUCUGCGGACCUAACUCGCAUUAAAAUAGCCACAGAAUGCAUGGAUUACAUGGCUGCAGGCAUCGAGACCACCGGUGACAGUCUCUGUUUCUUGAUGCAUGAGCUGUCGCUACCUCGCUCCCAGCAUGUCCAGCAACAACUUCGCGAGGAGUUUCUACAAAACCCCCUUGGCAAAAUUGACGAGCUACCGUAUCUUGAUGCCGUGGUGAAAGAGGGACUCAGGCUAUUUGCUCCUAUCCCGAUGAUCCUCCCCCGAGAUGUGCCUGGGAACGGUCGAACAAUCGAAGGAUAUUCACUUCCCGCUGGCUCAAUCGUCAGCUGUCUGGAGGCACAAGGCGAAUUGGAGCGAAAUCGAUUACUCUUUGCCUUUGCCGCUGGCGGUCGAGGUUGCAUUGGAAAGAAGUAUGUCUCAUUACGCCCAAAGCAUCAGACUUGUCUGCUUGUUUUCCGUGAAGUGGCAGCUUUAGCUGAAAGCUAA